AUGGAGCCCCUUCCGGCUUCUUCAACCGCAGCCGCCGCGACAAGGGCACCCGUGCUUGCGCAAGCACCGUGCCGCGGCGCCCUUGGCUCCGCGGGAAAACGGUCAUGGGGCAGCCCUCCCGCGGUGGCGCUAGUCGCCGCUGGCGCUGUGUGUCAGACUCGCAGAGUGAGAGGUCCCCCUUCCCUGAGGCAGCGUCCAUCUGGCCUCUGCUGCGCAGCUGAGCCAGAGGAAGCAAGCGACCAAGGAAGCAGCCCAGGAGAUGCAGUUGUGGACGACGUGGAGUAUUUCUUUGUCAGCGGAGACAAAGAAGAGGGCGAGGCGGUCGCCGCAGACGUUCUGGAAAGGGUCAACAUGGUGACCAGGGCGCACCAGGGACUCUACAAAGCGCCGGAGGGUGUCCCAGACACCGAGCAGGGCGUGGGGGCGCUCACAGGGGCUCUGACGUCCUUCCCGACUGAGCAGGAAUGGCAGGUGGUUGGCAAGACAAAGACCGAUGCCGACCGGGAGCACUUCCUGCAGAGUGUCCGAGAAGCUGUCUCGCAGCACACGGGCGAGUUGGGCGCAGAAGCCCUCUCAGUGCAAACCCGGCUGGGCGGCAGAUACACCUCGGUCCGCAUUCGGCAGCAAGUUUGGUGUGUUGAGCAGAUCUCUCGGGUCCUUGACGAACUGAAAGGCCUGCCUGAG